AUGACCUCCACCAAAUCCAAAAAAAAGCGGAAACCAACCUCCUCCCUCCUCUCCCGUCGCAAAAAUGGUCAUCUCCCUCCUUCUUCCUCUUCUACCACCACCACUAACCCUCCUCUCCCCUCGAAACUCUCCCGCACCUUAAUCCGUUCCCACCACACCACCCAAAAACGUCUCUCCCAAGCAAUCCAACAAAACGAUACAACCACAAUCGCAGAAUUAACCUCAAAACUAUCCUCCUCAGGCGGUCUAGAAGCCUACCAACGUGCCAGUGUCUCAGGACAAUCUUCAAAACGUGGUGGAGAUAGUUCAAAAAUCCUCGUAGAUUGGUUCAUAGAACUUGGAAUCCCAAAACCGACUCACAAAAAAUCACAUAGCGGGAAGAACUCCAACAGCAAUGGCGACAACAACAACAACAACAGUAGCAGCAGUGAUGGUAGUGAUGAAGGUCUAUCGAACUACAGACUCCUAGAAAUAGGUUGUCUAUCACCUACGAACACAAUACACUCCUACUUCCCAAAACCCCAACGGACGUUAAUGGACCUAAACUCCCUACACCCGGAUGAAAUCCUCAAACAGGAUUUCAUGAAAUUCCCGGUACCGCAAUUAGCUGACGAUGGAUACGAUAUCAUCUCCUGUUCAUUAGUGCUAAACUACGUACCAACACCAUCAGGCAGAGGAGAUAUGCUAAAGCACAUAACAUCAUUCAUGGAACAAGCACUAGAGAGACGUCGCAAGAGGUUAAAAUCGCUAUCAAAUAACAGUACAAACAAAGAAACCACAGAAACAGACUGGUCGAGUACCUUCCCAGCCAUGUUCCUUGUACUACCGGCCCCGUGCGUUACAAACAGUAGAUAUCUUACCGAAGACAGGCUGCAGGAGAUAAUGAUAUCCAUGGGAUAUGAAAUGGUUCGAAGAAAGUUGUCUCCGAAGUUGGUAUAUUAUUUAUGGAAGUUUGUUGGCAACGGGAGCAGGAAGAAGUUCAAAAAGACGGAGUUGUUACCGGGUGGGAAGAGAAAUAACUUUGCGAUUAUCGUGGAGUAA